AUGGUCAGCAUGAAAGCUGUUAAGUUGGAGCCAGAUCUUUUGAGGGAUGGAUCUGGAGCCACAAAUAACCAGGCCGUUGAACAAGUACAGCUUCAGAAGUACACGAUUCAAUCUAGAAAACAAGAUUCCGAGGAGAAUAGAAGCUCCACUACCUUAAAUACUGCCCAAUCUUGCUCUAGUGUGUUGGAGCAGGGACAGUCUCCCGUGGAUGAUACUGGAAUUUCUUCUACCUCAACCUUGUGUCCAGCACCACUUUGUCGGCAGUUUUGGAAAGCUGGGAACUAUAGUGAUGCACAGGGCUCCAAAGUCAAUCUUCAAAAUGGAAAAACGUACCUUCACGUGCACCCCAUGUUUCUUCAUUCAAAUGCCACUUCACAUAAAUGGGCAUUUGGUGCAAUUGCAGAAUUGCUUGACAAUGCCAUUGACGAGAUCCAAAACGGGGCCACUUUUGUCAUUGUAGAUAAAAUCUCGAAUCCAAGAGAUGGAGGUUCUGCAUUGUUAAUUCAAGAUGAUGGCGGGGGAAUGGACCCUGAAGCGAUCCGACGAUGCAUGAGUUUUGGGUUCUCUGAUAAGAAAUCUACUGGAGCUAUUGGCCGAUAUGGUAAUGGCUUUAAAACCAGCAGCAUGAGACUUGGAGCUGAUGUUAUUGUCUUUACUCGUCAUAUGGAAGAUAGGAAUGCGACUCAAAGCAUUGGUCUCCUAUCCUAUUCUUUUUUGAUGAAAAUGGGCCAUGAUCGAAUAAUAGUCCCAAUGGUGGAUUAUGACUUGAAUACAGAAAAUGACAAGUGGGAAAUUUCCCAUAGGCAGACCAAUGAGUCUUUCAAGGCAAACCUUACUCUACUUUUGCAAUGGUCUCCAUAUUCUACUGAAGCUGAGCUUUUGAAGCAGUUUGAUGAUAUUGGAUUACAUGGGACAAAAGUUGUGGUCUAUAACCUGUGGUACAAUGAUGAUGGGAACUUGGAAUUGGACUUUAAUACAGAUCCUCAGGACAUUCGUAUUGAAGGAGAUACCAGAAAGGUAGAAUCACUUCCUGCUUGGAGGACAGUAAAUGAGCAGCACAUCUCCAAUCGUUUUCAUUACUCUCUCAAUGCAUAUUUGUCCAUCCUGUACCUGCGAAUUCCUGAAACUUUUAGUAUUAAAUUGCGUGGACAAAUUGUUAUGCCACGUAAUCUUGCUGAGGACCUCAAAUUUCCAGAAUAUAUUUUGUACAGACCUCACGCUGCUGGAUUAAGAGAGGGUCAUGUGAUAACUACGAUUGGUUUUGUAAAAGAUGCACCACGAGUCAGCAUCCACGGCUUCAAUAUUUAUCACAAGAAUCGUCUAAUUCAGCCUUUUAUGCCAGUUGUAAGUUAUGCUGACAGUAGGGGCAGAGGAGUGGUAGGUAUUCUAGAAGCAAAUUUUAUUGAGCCAACUCAUAACAAACAGGACUUUGAGAGAACUUCCCUUUUCCAAAAGCUCGAAGUUCGAUUGAAGGAGAUGACGUAUGAAUACUGGGAUUUUCAUUGUGGGCUGAUCGGAUACCAGGUAAAAAAGAAGGCUAGACCAGUGAGCACUCCACAUGAUCCUCCAGCUAUAGCAAAUAGUUCCCAUGCAAAUUCUUUCAUGUCAAAUCAAAGAUUCCCUACUGUUGAUACAGCUCAAGCAACUUCUUUUGGCAUUAAAAGGAAGGAGCACAACAAUUCACUGCAUGCUGGAAGUGUCAAAAAGCAGCCCAGAACUGGAGAAGGUUCUGUUAUUUCAGCAUCCAGUUCCAGAGGAGAGAUCUCUCUGGUUCUUGAGCCUCAGACACAAAAUGAGGCUGUAGUGUUGAUGGAGGAAAACAAAAAACUCCGAGCAGAAUUGGUUGAAUUCGAGAUACGGAAGGAAGAGCUCAAUCUAAGGGUAAUACAACUUACAAGGGAACUGGAAGAACAAGAUGUUGAAUAUGAGCGCCUCAUGGCAGAACUAACCUUAGUCGAUGAUGUGAAGCAGGAGAAUCAGAUCGUAAAUAUGUAA